GUACGGCGAGAAGGGCAAGGCCAUCCGCAUCGAGAAGGUCAUCUACACGGGCAAGGAGGGCAAGAGCUCCCGGGGCUGCCCCAUCGCCAAGUGGGUGAUCCGCAGACACAACCAAGAGGAGAAACUGCUGUGCCUGGUGCGGCACCGGGCCGGCCACCACUGCCAGAACGCCGUCAUCAUCAUCCUCAUCCUGGCCUGGGAGGGCAUCCCCCGCACGCUGGGGGACACGCUGUACCAGGAGCUCACCGACACCCUCACCAAGUACGGCAACCCCACCAGCCGCCGCUGCGGCCUCAAUGACGA